AGGUGCAAACUCAAUCAUCCUUAAUCAAUUACCUUAUAGGCUCUCUCUCUCUCUCUCUCUUCUCUCUCUAGAUCUCUCUCUCUCUGUCAUUUUGUGUGACCACCAACAAAGUCAAAUCCCAACCCCAGCGCUCCCCACAUAUUAUAUAUAUCGGAUCACAAAAAAACUUGAAUAAUAAAAACACCACUGUCCUCUUCUGGCGGUCUACUAUUGUAGGGUACACUGCCUUUCAUGGUUCUGUUCUAACUCUACUACACAAGUCCCAACUUCACUUUCACCCUUGUCUCCUUCCCUCACUCCACAACACAGCUAGUAGAUUUACAAAUACUACUAGUUCAGGUGGAGGGCCCUCAAGUGAAAGGUUUUGUCUUACACCAAGGGAGGGUGUGGUAGGAUUUGUUUCCAUUAAAGUCAACUUCUUUAUAAGAUAACAAUAAUGGAGAAAGAUCACAACUAUUCGGCACCACCCAUGCCUCCAAGUUUCAACCCACUUCAUGACUACUCAUCUCAUCAACAUCAUCAUAACAAUCUGUAUCCACAAAUGAAGUUUCGAAUCGGCGAAACUUCAGGUGAAAACAACAGCAACAACAGUGGGAUGGUCAUGGACUACAUGCCACAAACACAACCACCGCCACAAAUAACAUCAUCCCCAGGAGGGUUUUAUGGAGGAGCUGGUGGUUUCGACAAGCUGAGUUUCGCUGAUGUGGUGCAGUUUGCAGAUUUUGGACCCAAAUUGGCCUUGAACCACCAAGGCAAGGAUAACUGCGAAGAAUCCGGUAUCGACCCGGUUUAUUUUCUCAAGUUCCCUGUCUUGAACGACAAGAUGGAGGACCAAAACUUGAUGGUGAAUCCAAAUGGUGAAGGAGAAGAAGCUGAAAAUGAUGAUGAGAGGUUCAAUAACUUGGUGAGCGUGGACGACACGUCGAGGGCAGAAGAAGAGGGAAUCAUCAUCAGAGAAGAUGAAGAAGAAACCACUCCUGAUGACAACAACUCGGUGCAGCAGCAUCAGCAUCAGAAUCAGUUUGUUGGUCAUGAAGAUCAGCAGGUUCAGAAGAGUAAUGUGCAGGAAAACAAGAACAAGAGGAAGAGACCGAGAAGCGUUAAGACAACUGAGGAAGUUGAGAGCCAGCGCAUGACCCACAUCGCUGUUGAGAGGAACCGGAGGAAGCAAAUGAAUGAGCAUCUUCGUGUCCUUAGAUCCCUCAUGCCUGGUUCAUACGUCCAAAGGGGUGAUCAAGCUUCUAUAAUAGGGGGAGCUAUAGAGUUUGUGAGGGAAUUGGAACAACUUCUUCAAUGUUUGGAAUCACAGAAGAGGAGGAGACUUCUCGGAGAAGCACAAUCAAGACAGGUAGAAAAUUCAGCUGCUCUGGCAGCUGCACCAGCAACACAGCAACAGCCUCCAUUCUUUUCUCCACCUUUGCCAGUAAAUGACCAGAUGAAGCAGCUUGUGGAGAUGGAGAGUGGUGGAGGACUUCGAGAAGAAACCGCAGAGAGCAAGUCUCUUUUGGCAGAUGUAGAAGUGAAGCUUCUCGGAUUCGACGCGAUGAUCAAAAUCUUAUCAAGAAGAAGGCCUGGACAGUUGAUCAAGAUCAUUGCUGCACUUGAAGAUCUUCAGCUCAUUAUCCUUCACACCAACAUCACCACCAUUGAACAAACAGUUCUUUAUUCUUUCAAUGUCAAGGUGGCUGGUGAUUCAAGGUUCACUGCUGAAGACAUAGCCAGCUCCGUUCAGCAAAUAGUGAGUUUUAUCCAUGCAAACACAAGCAUGUGAUCAUUAUUAUAUGUAGUUAUUACUAUGUAGUGGUGGUGGCACCUAUACUUGUCUUUAUGCAUGGGAUGCUGAUGCUGAUUUUACAGUGCCACUUUUAGAAUUUCCUUUUGUGCGCAUUGAAGCAAGUGGUGAUUGGACAUGAUGGCGGUUUAAGUUGCAGAUGGUUGUCUUCUCUUCUAAAAGUAGCAUAUUACCAGAAAGGAGAAGAAUUGGAAAGGUUGCAUGUAUUUACAUAGUUAUUUAGUAAUCGGUUUAUGUUAUUGUUUCCCCUUUUUUGUUCCUCCUACCAUGUAUACCUUAAUGUUUAAUGGAAUACUUUAAAUUACUUUCCUUAUA